AUGGACAAAGGCACGGACGCAAAGAACGUCCUCAUGGGCAAGGUGAUUCCAGUAAAACUGGGCAUCAUUGGCUGCGUUAAUCGCUCACAGCAGGACAUUAACGAGCGGAAGAGCAUCGCCAAGGCUCUGGAAGCUGAGCAAAAGUUUCUCCAGAAGCGCUACCCUUCACUGGCUGCCCGACACGGCACAGCUUUCCUCGCAAAGAAGCUUAGCGGGAUUCUUCACAACCACAUCAGCAAGUGCCUGCCAGAUUUGAAAAGGCGAAUUAACACACUUACAUCGGAGUGUGAAGAAAACUUGUACAAAUACGGAGAGGACAUCUCUGAAAAGAAGGACUUAUUUAUUUUCAGUAUUUUGCAGCAGUACUCUAUUGAAUACUGCUCUACUGUUGAAGGGACUAGUGACGCUGAUCUGGAAGUUGAUGAUGAAGUGCUCGGUUGUGGCGCGCUGAUUUGCAAAGCUCUUCACGAAAAUUUUUGUGACACACUUCCAAUGUUUAAGAAGGCUAAAUACUCUAAAAAGAAUAUUCUUACUUACAUAAAAAAUGUUGAAGGAACAUGCCCCGGCAUUUUCAUACCGGACAAGGUUUUUAAAAACCUAGCUAAAAAGGAAAUUCGCAGCUUCUUACAACCAAGUUUGGACUGCGUGGACGCGGUGCACGAAGAACUCUGCAAAACUAAGGAUAAAU